UGCUGUUCAACGAAAAGGUUUGUCUUAAACGCUGCAGCCUCGUUUAAACCAAAUUAUAGUUUAUUUUUAACAAGUAUUGCCAAACUAAUAAAUAUAACCGUGCGAUAGUUAAAUUAACUUUUAUUUAAAAACUUAAUUAGUUUAAAGCGAACGCGAGUAGCAGAAACGGCGCGUCUCAUUUCUCCGUCGUGAAUCUAGUAAAGUGACUAAACGCAGAGGAAAACUCCUGGAGAAGCGACUGAGCUCUGCUCUUCAUUAUCAUCUACUGUUAUAAAGAUGGCGUUAAUUAAAGAGGAGAAUGAAGAUCUGAGGAUUAAAGAGGAGAGUGAAGAUCUGAGGAUUAAAGAGGAGAGUGAAGAUCUGAGGAUUAAAGAGGAGAGUGAAGAUCUGAGGAUUAAAGAGGAGAGUGAAGGUCCGAGGAUUACAGAAGUGUUCACACUGAAACAUGAAGAUCCCGAGGAACAAACAGGGCUGAUGGUGCUGAAAGAAGAGGCUCAAGAACUGAAUGAAAUUGAAGAGAAAGAUCAGUGUGGGAAACACCCAGAUUUAAUGACUGGUAAACCAUCUUUACCGGCAAAGAACACUUCAUGUAAAAGAGCUGAGAAAACCAAAUCUUUCCCCUGUCAUCAGUGUGGAAAACGUUUCAGUAAAAAACAAAACCUUAAAAUCCACAUGAGAAUUCACACUGGAGAGAAACUUUUCACAUGUGAUCAGUGUGGAAAGAGUUUCAGUCACAAACACAGCUUUGAAAUGCACAAGAAGAUUCACACCGGGGAAAAGCCAUUUGCCUGUCAGCAUUGUGGAAAAAGAUUCAAUAAAAUGAGUAAUCUUAAAGUUCACAUUCGUGUUCACUCUGGAGAGAGGCCGUACACCUGCCAACAGUGUGGAAAGAGUUUCGCAUGCAAGUCUGCUCUUAGUUUUCACAUUAUGCGUCACACUGGAGAGAAACCGUUCACGUGUGAUCAGUGUGAAAAGAGAUAUGUAUGUAAACGAGAGCUUAACCGGCACAAGAAGAUUCAUGCAAAAGACAAAUGUUUCAAAUCUGAUCUCUGUGUAGGUCUGGCCACAAUACCAAUCGUCAAGAUUUGCCCAAGUGAGCAUGUCAGUUUUUGUUUUGCCAAUUAAUCUAGCAACAAACAUCCAAUGCUCCUGCGCCUCUUUAUGAUUUACUCCACUGAAAUGCCAGUAAAGACAUGGGCUGCGUUUAAAAGCGCCCAAUACCCCUAAAUAGUGCACUAUUUGGGGGAGCAGCCAUUUCUAGUGCUGUCCGAAACCAUAGUGCAUGUUCUGAAGUGCUCUCAAUUAAUGCCACAAUGCAUUGCAAUAUAAGUUUACAACCAAUGUACAGUCAACAGCUAGAAAUUCCACAUAAUGCACUGUGAGGGUUUGUGCAUCAAAUUAAUUUGCAUCUGGCCACAAGAUGGCAUCCCAAGUGUCUAAAUACUUUACUAUUUACUUAAAGCCAUGUAGUUAGCGAGUUUAGUGCUCUAAUUGUCUCGCUCACUUCAGUCACUACUUUAAGUGGACGUGUGUACGGAAUGGUGAACGAGGAUAUAGUGGGGCUUAAUUUGCUCCGGAACACGCCAGAUCCGGCACCUGAUUCCCCCCGGAAACUUCACAGAUAUCCAGGAACAGGAUUGGGCACCCCUGGUUUAGUUAGUUAAUAGAUUAGAUUUUUUUUUGUCUCAUUUCAUUUUGUUUUUACUUUUAGUAUAGUUUUUGUAGAAUUAUUGCUUUGUUUUUCUUGGUAUUUCAUAUUCCUUAUAAGUUUAUGAUCGUGUGGAAUCAAAGUAAACUGUUUUAAUGAGUAACAGAAAAGAGAAUUUCUCCAUUUUAAUGGCAGUAAUCUUUCAUAUGCUUGUUUUUGAUAUUGUGAUAUAGGUCUUAAAUUUAAUACUUUAAUAAAAAGUUUUAAAUUUGACACUAUGAUAUCUGCAGAAACCCUGUAAUAACUCUUGUUAGAUUUGUCCUGGUCAGACGAUGUCUGAGCAUUAAAACAUACAGAACUGUGAUUACUCAAUAAACUCAGCUUUCUUUGUCAUCAUUA